AUGAAUGAAGAACAUGGCAAAAUCAAGUUCCCACCUCAAUUAACUAUCGGCAUUAAGUAUUACGAUAAGAGUAAAGCAACGCCACUUGUUGGGACUUGGGAUUGUGGUGGGCUUAAAUCGGGCCUAAUUCGGGUGUUUUCUUCGGGUACGAACCGGUUUACGGGUCGUAUACCUGGUUCUUCGAAAUUGGGGCAGGGCUUGCGUGCGCGCGGGCCUUGGCACGAGGGCGAGAGUCGGUGCGUGGGUCCGGACCCAGUCAUGGCCCGGGACGACUCGGGUGGUUCGGUUGGCUCGUUCGGGUCGAGAGAUAUCGACGGUGGGCUUCUGCCUAUUCAUACUGUAGGUACAACCUUGGGGCAUUCGAUUUUGGUAUCCAAGGCUUCUCCUCUCUGCCGAAGACCACUGACAUGUGGUGGUAGAAGUAAGGAGAGGCAGUGGGAGCUGGAGGAAGAACACAUGAAAGUGCAAGCCAUGAUAUUCUCAAAGCAGUAA